AUGGGACUAAAGAACUCCGGAGGUCACUCCUCCCCCAUCAAAUCAACCCUCUAUAAAUCUCGACUCCACCUACGAUAUCUCAAAUCGUACCCAAAACUUCCCAAAUGCCAUCCCAAACAACAGGCAACCCGCAUCCGCAAAAUAAUGACACCUUCCAACCCCACACGAUCCCUCAUAACCCUCCCUAAAGAACUCCUGCUGCACAUUUCAACCUUCCUUCCUUCAACAGCAGACUUAAACGCCCUCUGCAAAACAACAACAAUAUUACACGCCCUCCUCCAAAGACCCUUAUACCGAUUAAGUGCCUGUCAAGGUAGUUCAGCGCUACACUGGGCCGCAAAACAUAACCAAAUAUCCACAGCUCGUCUCGCACUCUCCGCAGGCGCAGAUCCACAAGCUCUAACCGAUUCCGAUCCACAAAUAAAAGGGUGUACACCUCUCCUACUAGCUGCGUAUCACGGUAGCGAAGCCGUGUUAUCACUUUUGCUCGAAAUCGACGAUAUAAACUUUAAUCCGAAUGCGCGCGAUAGGAAAUAUAUCCGGCCGCUUAUUUCUUGGGCUGUGAAGCAGGGUCAUGGGUGUAUUGUGCGUGCGUUAUUACGGGAUGAGCGUGUCGAUGUGAAUCUUCAGGAUAAGAAUGGUGAUGCGGCUUUGCUUAUUGCGGCUAAUACCUCGAAUUGGGGACUAGUCGCCUUGCUUGUUGGCAGUGGACGGGCCGAUCCGAGGGUUACGAAUCGACAAGGGGCUACGGCUUUGUCGAGGGCAAGUGCUGAUCGAAGUGCCGAUGGAGAUGUGGAGUUACUGUUCGCGGCGCAUUUAAGACUGAUUCUUGAUGAGGAUGGGUCCAAGGCGCAUGUGCAGCAUGUUUUCUUUUAUGCGGCUAUUAUGGGCCAGGUAGAGAUUGUGAAGUAUUUAAUUGAAUCCUUUGGGGAGCUUUUGGAUCCCAAUGGUGGGACGAAUGGAUAUGGCCGUGGUGCGUUUUCUAUUGCGGCUCAUAGAGAACAGGUGGAUGUGGUGCGGUUUUUAUUGAAAUGGGAGAAGACGGAUCCGAAUUUGAGGGAUGGGUGGCAGCAUCAGACGCCACUGUUUGUGGCCGUGAAGGAAGGGAGAGUAAGCGUAGUGGAUGUGUUGAUGGAGAGUGAGAGGGUGGAUUUGGAGUUGGCGGAUGUACAUGGGACAACGCCGUUGAACGAAGCGUCGACAACCAGAGAGAAUGGGGAUGUGAUUCGGAGGUUGGUCACUGGGUCGAGAAGAGCAGAUCCUAAUGCGAGAGAUCAGAACGGGGAGACCGCAUUGUUUAAGGCUGCGUCGAUGGGGAUCUUGGAGAAUGUAAAUGCUUUGUUGGACGCAGAAGGUAUUGAUCCAACAUUGGGGAAUCUAGAGGGCAAGACUCCGAUGAACAUAGCGAUGGAGCAUGGAUUUACACUCGUAGCGAACAGAUUAGCCGAUGCCAGUGCAUAG